AUGGACCAAGCCCAAGUCUCAGUACCCCAACUCAACCUACGCAUCGUGCCCCGUCUCCGUGCCGGCAUGGCAGUGUCUGCCUGUCUGCACGCACAUAUUAGCGAUGGACAACCAAGUGCUGGGUCCGCCCACCCCAACACUUGCCCACUCCCUCGCGUUUUCCUCGCUGGAUCUCUGGCUGGUGGUGCUCCUCCAAUUUCAGAUGAUCUCCACGGGCACUGCUACCUAGCCAGGCUGUACGUAUCCAAUCUCCUACAUGCACUACUAUGUGCACCAUCGCCGCAUUUCCCUAUGCGAAGUUACACCCACAGUUACCUGGCAAUAUGCUGGCUCAAUGCUGGCAAGCUGGCACGCACCCGCGAAUGUGGUAGCCAGGUUACAUUUGUCCGCCCGCCCGCCCGCCUGCGAUGUGACUUGAACUUUUUCUGUCCAACACCACUGCUCGGCACACCGCUGCUUGUCCAUACUGGCGAACGCUCAAGGUGGGAGAAUCGCGGUGUGGUUGGAAAUUGGAUCUGA